AUGGAAGCUUCCGAGAAAAGGAAUGAUGAUACCGAUGCAGUGCUAAAGAAACACAUGAAUAUGAUGAAAGAACAACACAAAAUGAUGAUUAACCAACAAGCCACAUUAAGAAAUCAUCAAGCAUCAAUCCAUAAUAUAGAAGUCCAAGUUGGUCAACUAACUACUUUGGUGAGCAACAAAUUAUCAUCACAAUUUCCCGAAAAGAAUGCUCAAGUCCAUAUUAUGAUGAUUGAGACUGAAGAAGAAGCAAUCUCUGAGUUUUUAGAAGCCCUAGAAGUGGAGCCAAAGCCAUACAAACCAAAGCCAAAGAAGACAACACUCAAAAAUGAAAAUGCUGUUGAACUACUAGACUCACGUCGUGAGCUCGCCAUGCUUACGACGUGGGAUCAAUCUGAACAGAAAAAUUCGGAUUUCAUUCCGGCUUAUCGAUCCCCUUUGUCGUUUCUGUCUCAAGCACAUCUCAGUCCAUUGGAAAGGGAACAUCUGGAGCUUAUUCAACAAAUAAAGGGUAUUCCUAUUAAUACCCCUUUUAUCGAUUCACUUUCAAAAAUUCCAGAAUACACUAAGUUCCUACAAGAUCUUAUAGAUACUGGUCAACAAUUAAAGAAGAAUUCUAAGGUUAUUCUUAGUGAACAAAGCUCAAAAGUUGUAUUGGGAGAGAUACCUAAGAAGAUGGGGGAUAAUGGACACCUCACUCUUCCAUGUGAGUUUGGGAAUAAUAUUAACAUUUAUGCUGUAGCCGAUUCUAGGGCUAGAAUAAAUUUGAUGCCUUAUUCAUUUUAUCAAAAGUUGAAUAUUCAGAAGUUGAAGGUAACAAAAAUGACUAUUCACAUGGCAAAUCGUUCAGUAACACAACCCUGGGGCAUUGUGGAACAUAUUCUCGUAAAAAUUGGGAAAUUCAUUUUUCCAAUAGACUUUGUAGUUUUGGAUAUGAAAGAAGAUCCCGAUGUCCCCAUUAUUCUUGGUCGCCCGUUGCUUAUUAUUGUUGGUGCCUUGGUUGAUAUAAGUGAAUCCAAUCUCACUUUGAGGGUUGGUGAUGAUAAGGAAACUUUUUGGAUAAAAGAUGGUUUCCAAGGGAGUGAUAUUCAAGAAGAGGUUUUCAAUAUAAAUGAAAAUAAUGAACUUGAAGAAUUAGAAAAGCUCAUGGAGGAUGAAAUCAAGACAAUUCAUCAAAUCAAAGGCACCAAAACGAGAGCAUCCGUUUUGUUUUCCGUUGAAGUCAUUACCUACACAAAACCAACAAGUUUGAUGAGUGAGGAAAAAGAUGAUUUGUCGAGUGAUGAAGACGAGGUUAUCUCAAAAGAAACAAUUCCAGUCGUGAAAGAAUAA